AUGUCAGAUUUCAAAGUAGUCUCACGUAAGAAUCUAUACGAUAGUGAUGCUAGCGAUGAGUCGCUGCCGAAUGAUAAUGAUCAGCAAGAAGUUUAUGAGCCACCUAAUAGUUUCGAAAUUGUAGAGGUAGACGUUAAGAAGGAUCAAGAUCCAAAUGAUAAAACUGAAUCACAAUUACAGGAAGAAUUUGAUUUCCCACUCUUUUCUUUUGGUAAUACAAAUGAGAGUGCCGCCGGUGAUGAUGAAGUACAAGAAGACAGAGGUCGUUCAGAAGUCCCAUUGAUGAGAAUAUCGCUAAGAGAACCAUCUCCAGAUAGAAUUGUGCAAGAGAGGCCGCGCAGUUACUAUUUUGCAGAAUAUACGCAGGAUGAUCACGCAAAAUUUCAACAAAGUGCCAUUGGAUUUGAUGACAUACUAAAGGAAUCUCAAUUAGGUGCCCAUAAAGGAUGGCCACAGUUCAGAGGGCGUGUACUGGAUGUCAGCGAGAACAAUGCCCGUAUUGAACAAUUAAAUAUCAGAGAAAGACACUGUAAAAGGAGAAGACCCGGUAAGCAGCAAAGGUUAGCUAGAAGACAAGGUGCAACUAAUGUAAAACAAAGAGAGGAGAAGGAGAAAGAGAUUAAAAAGAUGAUAAAGAAGAAAUUUCAUAAACGUGGUGGUAAGAAGAACAAAAAACCGGAGUUCAAUCCAUUGAAAGAUGCUGCAGCUAAACCAAAGUUUAGAACUGAAUGA